CCCACAUCCAUCUCUAGCUUGGCUCCGUCCCCUGCACCUCUUCAGAGACAAAGGAGGCCCUCCAUCAAUACUCAGUCUCUCCACGAGUCCAGCAGAGAAGCCUCACCAUGCCGGACACAAUCAUGUCCAAGGAGCCCAGUUCCAACCUGGAGAGUGCCAUGCAGAUGCUCAUAAAGACCUUCCACAAGUACUCGGGAAAGGAGGGCGACAAGUACACGCUGAGCCGGGGCGAGCUGAAGGAGCUGCUAGUAGAGGAGCUGGGGAGCUACUUAGGGAGCUCCAAAGAUAAUGAAGGAGUAGAGAAGGUGAUGAAUGACUUGGACGCCAACAACGACGGAGAGGUGGACUUCACUGAGUUCAUCAUCCUGAUGGGCGCCCUCACGGUCGCAUGCAACGACUUCUUCCUGGAGUACAAAACAGACGAGAAGCCGAAAGAUGGAAGCAAAGGCGAGUCGGCGGAGAAGAAAGAUUGAAGCUGUGCAAGAGAAGAAGAGCGGAGGGAGGGAGAGGGGUGGAAGAGAAGUGGGGGAAAAGAAGAGAAAGAGGAAGAUGAGGAGGAGGGGAGAGAACUGUAAAUCAGGACACAUAGAGGACAGAGUUGGAAAGAAUAUUUGUCUUGUGCAAUUCGUAAACACUCCAGCUACACAUAAGGGAAGCAUUCCAGCAGAUAGUUUGUGGGUUCACAGAGCACGGGGGCAUUCAGCGGGAGUAAAGUUUUCCCUGCAACACUUUUUCAUACCACAAGCACAUCCGGAGCUCGUUUCACAUACAGGACGAGAAAUAUUCCAACGUCUUCCAGCUCACAUCCAGCAGCAGUUUAGACAGUUUCUUGCAUGUUCUGAAUAAAGGCACUGUGAGGGGAAAAAGGACGUUUUUAUGCAGAACGCACAUCAGCAUGUUUGAGCAUUUCUUGCACAUGAAUAACUUGUGAUUACAUAUUAAUCUAAAUUACAGAUGAUUAUAUCGUUGUAUGUACUCAGUGUUUUAACAACAGAUUACCCACUUUCCUGCACCUAUUUUGUAAUCUAAUUUUGGGUAAUAACCAAUGCAUUCUUCAAAAAUAUUAAACAUUGCAUUUAACCAAC